AUGUCUAUCCAGGAAUCUUCUGAGAGGAAAGCUAGCUUUUCCGGUGUUGAUCCCAUCGUUCCUGAAUCGUUAGAUUCUGCUUUGGGCCAAUUACAUUUAGAGGAGUUGGAGGAAACCCCAGCAUCUGAGUCAGGUAUAAGGCCCUCCAAUGAAGCGAACGCUCAGUUUUCCUCGGUGCCACCCUCUCAUAUGUUUCCCCAUCCUCAAAUGUUUGGCAUGGGCUUUAUUCCGUAUUCCCAGAUGAUGCCUGUCCCGCAUCAUACAGGGUUUUUUCCUUCACCUGAUUCAGGAAUAGGCAUGACGGGCUUGGCAAAUAAUAGCCCUGGAGGUCCAAUUAUGUUCAACAAUUCUAACGACGCAUCAGUGUUUAGUCCACCACCCGGUCCUACCUCUGAAGGAUUCCGAGUAAGUGCGCUAACGGGAGAAACAACUGCUCCUAAGGCAAACGACCCACUCUGGGCUUCCGGUUCUGCGUCGCAGGCUGCAGUAGAUACACUGGCUUCUUCGGCGACUAAAGAUGCAGCAUUCAUGAAUAAUUCUUCGUCAUCAAAGGUAGCGGCUGUUUCUAGUACUGGAUUCAGAAGACAAACUUUUCAUGCUAUUUCAGCUAAUGAUCUAGUCGAUUCAAUGGUAAGCAAGUCCUCAGCAGCCGAUUCGGUCAUCAAUUCUGAUUCAACAGACAAGCCUUCUGCAGCCAACCUUCUGCAACCUGAGCAACUUGAUGUACCCGCUGUUAGAGCACAAUCUAUUUCAUUAGAGAAGAACAAUAACAAUUCGAUCUUUACCGCCCCAGAGCCUACUGAAGACCAGGAAGGUUCUAAAACUGCGGCGGGCGAAGAGGCAAACUCGUCAGUUUCCUAUGCUGCAGCUUACCCCUAUGGUGGUGCUCUGAUGCAACCGAAUCCUGUGCUCUCGGGGCAUCCCCUACCCGGGUCAUCUCCCGCUUAUGGUGUUGCAUCUCCGUUCCACGGUGCAUACGGAUUUGCAUCUCCUUUCCAGUUCUCUGGAGUGCAUAGCCCAAGCUCGCAUUUGCAGCCAAAUUCACCUUUUCCCGUUGCUCAAGUUGGUGAGGGAUCAGCUGGAAAUCGGCAGGUUCCUUCACCUGCGCAUGGUGAACAUCCUGGAAAUACUGUGUUAGAGGAGCCGUCAUCUGCGGCUCAGGUGCCUUCUUUGCAUCAACAUCAACAAAAUGGCACCCCUCCACCUUGGAUUUACGGGAAUCAUCCUUUUGGGAUAGUUCCUCAUCCAUUCUCUCAGGGUCAUCACCAUAUGCUGCAUCCUAAUGGCGGCCAUACUGGUGACCACACUAACCAUAGUAACCGCCGCUCCAAUAAUGGUGGACAUAAAGGAGGUAAAUCUGGCCACUAUAGCAACGGCAGGAAUAAGAAUAGAAAUGGAGGCCACUAUCAUCAGAAUAACUCAAACCAUGGAGGUGAUAACGCUAACAGGCAACGGAAAAUGGAGGAAGCGGCGCGCUAUGCGGACGCCUCCUUAGAGCAAUUCAUAGGGAGCAUUUAUUCCCUUUGUAAAGACCAACAUGGUUGCCGGUUUUUGCAGAAACAGUUGGAUGUUCUAGGGUCCGAAGCCGCAGAUUCUAUUUUCAAGGAAACCAAAGACCAUACUGUGGAAUUAAUGACUGAUUCCUUUGGAAACUACUUAAUUCAAAAAUUGUUGGAGCGGGUGACUUUGGAGCAGAGGGUUUCCUUGGCUAAGAUGGCUGCUCCUCAUUUUGUGUAUAUUGCAUCUAAUCCUCAUGGUACCAGAGCUUUACAGAAACUAGUUGAAUGCAUCCAGACAAAACAAGAAGCACAAAUUGUUAUCGAUUCAUUGAAGGGUUCCGUAGUUGAACUGAGUAAAGAUUUGAAUGGUAAUCACAUCGUUCAGAAAUGUUUGCAGAAGCUCAAGCCAAGCGACGUGCAGUUUAUCUUUGAUGCGGCCUGCAGUCACUGCACUGAAAUUGCCACCCACAGACAUGGCUGUUGCGUACUACAACGCUGCUUAGACCAUGGCGAUGAAGAGCAGCGAACGAAACUUUGCGGCAAGCUACUAACUAAUAUCGAUCAUCUGACUUUAGAUCCUUUUGGUAACUAUGUUGUUCAGUACAUCAUUUCAAAGGAAACUGAACAAGGGGAUUACAAAUUUACCUACCAAAUUGUACAUGCCUUAAAACCUAAAGUGACGGAACUUUCUUUGCAUAAGUUUGGUUCAAACGUCAUUGAGAAGAUAUUAAGAACACCGGAGGUGUCUGAUAUUCUAGUAGUAGAAUUACUGGGUGCAAGAGGCGAGACCGAUAUUCAAGCACUCUUAAAUGAUGGCUAUGGUAACUAUGUUCUGCAAACAAUGCUUGAUGUCACACAUCAAUAUAACCAGUACCUGCAUAGAAGUUUAGUUGAUAUCGUCCGGCCGCUACUUGUUGGACCUAUAAGAAACACGCCGCACGGGAGAAGAAUUAUGGGAAUACUCCGAAUUGACUGA